CAGCUCGGGCAUCGAUAGGGUGGCUUGGGAGACACCGAGCUCGUAAAUGGCUCGUACGCGAGGAACGUCUUGUAGGGCUGAUUCGAGAGAUGCGAAUGCGAUCCAUGCUGACGAGUUGGACGGGUCGAGAUGAAGAACAAGGGGCUCAAAGAGGAGCUGACUUUUCUUUUCCCCUACCUCUCGCUUUACGACUACCACAGCGCGUGGUGUUGUUGGAGGGAUGGAAAAAGUUUGAAGAGGAGAAUGGAACCGAAGAGGACGUUGAACGCGUUCAAGCACGGAUGCCGCAAGUUACCAAGAGAUGGAGAAAGCUCGAUACUGGAGACAUGGAAGAAUACUGGGACAUUUUGUUUGCGGACGACGAGCGCGAAGCCAACCCGGCGACGUACAAAUUCAUUCAGAAUGCGCUUGCCUGGAGGAACAAGGAAGGUGGAGGAAAGACCA